AACACAGCCGAGAUCAACAAAAGAACAUACUUUUGAGUAAUUUCCAGGAAUUAUAAAUUUUUUCACUGUACAUUCAAUUGCGUUGAGAAAAGUGUUCAAAUCGUAUUAAAACAGAGUAUAUACAUAUUCACAUUAAUCUAAUUUAAAUAAUAUUACAAAGAAACGUAUUUCUCUAUUAUAUAUAUAUAAAUCGCCGACGUUUUUUGUAUUUUAAACAAAUAUAUAUAUAUAUAUGUGUGUGUGUGUGUGUGUGUGUGUGUGUGUAUAUAUAUAUAGUGAAAUAUUUUAUUCAUUAGUUAAUCAUUUAUUUUAUGGUUAAACAGGCUUUGAAUAAUAAACGUAAAAUGCUAAAUGUAAUGUCACUUCUGUCGUACGGUCCUUGCUUAUAUCAGGUUGUAUACGUCAUUCAUCUUGAUAACUUUUAAUCCUGAAGCGGAAGUCAGUAGUUUAUGGUCCAUGAUAGAAGUUCAUUCGCUUAACGCACCGCUUAGUGUUCCCAUUUGAUUGAGACAAUGUCCAAGAAUUUAAUCAAUUCCGUACAAAAUGCUGUGUCAGAAACGUUGUCAGGAUUAUGUUAUAGUUAUCCGCAAUUAGAGUAUCAAACAUUGCACAAAGUUGUAUUGUCACCAGAUGUAUGUACACACUCAAAUGCGUUUCCAAUCGUAGUUACUGUUGAUAAUGAAGGAGCACUAUUGCUUAACGCGCUCGCUACCACAUAUGUGUGACGCAAUCAGGAGAGAAUAGUGUGUUACGUAUGUGUGACAGAGGAAAUUUAUUUUUCUAUGUUGACAUAAUCAAACUAAGUCUGUUUUACACAAUUACCUAAAAAAAAAGUAAAAGUGAUUUGUGGGGAUAAUCCUCUAUAUAAAAACUGUGGUAGCAAACGUCUUAAUAGUAAUUGAAUUGGAUGGUUAAUCAGUAGCGUACCGAGUGUUUUUGAUAGUCAAGCGCAGUUAUCUUUUCAUUUAAUAUUUUGAUCUAAAUAAUUUAAAAACUUAUAAAUACUUUAUAUCAUAAACAAAUGAGUUCUCUUUUGACAACGGUUGUAAAAAUACGACUGAAAACGCGCGAUAUUUCGAUUCAUUAACAGAGAGCUGCGUACGAAACUUUGUAUUACUUUUAGUAGUUUGUGGUCAUUUUAUAUAUCUUAUUUAUAGCUUGCUAUCGAAGCUACCAAAAAUAAUCGAGACAAUAUUUUUAUAAAAUUAAGUCUGGAAAUAUGUUUCUCUAUCCCCUUUUCAGUGUAGGAAUCAAAGAAAUAAAGUAGUGUUGGUUUGCGGCGGUGGAAGUGGACAUGAGCCAUUUGCCGCAGGCUUUGUUGGAAGCGGCAUGUUGACGGCUUCUAUAGCGGGGUCUAUUUUUGCGGCUCCACCAUCUACUCACAUUACACAUGCUCUUCAGUGUGUCGCAAAAAAUAAUAAAGUGUUUUUUUUCAGCUGAUGUUCUAGUCGUGGUGCCUAAUUAUACGGGAGAUUGUCUGAAUUUCGGCAUAGCCAUCGAAAAAGCUCGGCAAACAGGCAUCAAGGUGGAAGAAAUCAUUGUUGGCGAUGACUGCAGCAUUCCUAAACAUGAACAAGGUGUUGCCGGCAAACGCGGCCUAGUGGGCAUGUUGUUUGUUAUCAAAAUUGCAGGUGCUCUCGCUGAAAGAGGAUCAUCUUUGCAUGAAGUGACAGAAAUUGCGCGACACGUUUCACAAAAUACGGCGACAUAUGGAGUCGGACUAACCGCGUGCGCUAUACCUGGUCAAGGUUUGAUGUUCGAGCUUGCACAGGAUGAAGUAGAAUGCGGAAUGGGUGUGCACGGAGAAGCCGGUUACGAGAGAAUCAAGCUCGGAACUGCGUCUGAAUUGGUAUCAUUGAUGUUGGAGCGCAUUUGCAAAACUUUAGCUCUGGUCGCCAACGACUCGGUCGCGGUGAUAGUUAAUAAUUUUGGCGGUUUAAGUCAGUUAGAACAAGGGAUCGUCGUUCGUGAAGUUGUAAAUCAGCUACAAAAUAUGAAUAUCGACGCUACUCGCGUUUAUUCGGGCGUUCUGAUGACAUCUUUAAAUAGCGCCGGCGUACACGUAAGUUUGUUGAAAUUAACCGAAAGUCACAAGGAGGUGUUCAUCAAAUAUCUUGACGACAAAACGACAGCACCUUGCUGGCCGGGUUGCAACUAUAGCGUUCCUUCAACCAUUACCCGCACCCCAACUAAAGACGUAGAAAAAGAAAUAACGGAGAAAAUAGGAAUAUCGUUAAACAUACGAGAACAACAUUUAACAAAAUUAUGUUUAGAAAGCGUGUGUGCGGUUAUUAUCGAGAAAGAGGUAUACCUCAAUGAACUAGAUCGCGGUUGUGGAGACGGAGACUGUGGAUCAACACUAAAAAGACUCGCAGAUGGUAUCUUAAAUAAUUUGAGUGAGCUACCCUUAUCACAUCCAGCAGCAUUAUUAUCAGGAAUAGCGAAUAUAGCGGAAGCAAACAUGGGUGGGACUUCCGGAGCUCUGUAUUGUUUAUUUUUUACGAGCGGUGCGAAAGAGCUGGCAUUAUGUGAGCAAGGGGAAGAUUUACGACAUGCGUGGUUUCGUGCAUUCCGCAGUGGCUUAAAUUGUUUAGAAAAAUAUGGAAAAGCGAAAGUUGGAGACAGGACUAUGAUCGAUACAAUGGAUGCUGUGUACACGAUGUAUGGAAAAAUACUAAAUGAACACGUAAACGAUUUUUACGAUAAAAUUGCUGCAGCAGCAUGGAAAGGAUGCGAUUCUACGAAAAAUAUGAAACCUAAAGCAGGACGUGCAAGUUACGUAAAACAAGCCCGAUACUUGACAGAAGUUGACGCGGGAGCGUAUGCCGCAGCAACGUGGAUUUCGACUAUCAUACAUACAAUUACUCAUUAUAAGGAUUGAUAAUAUUUUAAUAUCUAACAGCGAUGUUCUUUUGUUGAUUAUUUGAAAAUAAUAAGAUCAUUUUGUUUUUUAAUA